AUGCGCCUCGCCCACGUCUUCGCUGUGAUCGCUGCAGCCUGUCUAGUUUCCAGUGAAGCCUUCGCUACGAGUGACAAGAAAGCCAAGACCUCAAAGGCAACUUUACUUGAUGCGCCAGGUCAACGACUCCUGAGGGCCCACCGCGCUGCUGAUGAAGAUGAAAUUGACUCCGAAGAGAGGGGUCUCACGAAAGAACACUAUGAGUUACUAGCCAAAUACGCUAAGGAAUUGAAGAUUGACGUGGCGAAAGCUGGCAAGAGCACUGCGUACUUGAAUGACCCUGAGGUGCGUGAGAAUUACGCAAAGUAUCGUGCGUAUCUGGAUUUUUUUAUCCAAGGUAACAGGAAGAAGGGAGAGCGGAUGGUCACGUAUGAGCAUCACGGAUAA